GUGAGGGCCCCGCACAUGCCCUUUGCCUCGGGCCCCGGGGGGGCUAAGAACGGGCCUGAUCAGGGCAGAGCGCGCGAGCCGUGACGUUUACAACAAGCAGUGAGGUUGUGAGAGUUGAACCAGAGAGUUGGAGCCUGCUCCAAGCUACUGAAUAGUGUUAACUAUCUUUACCUUGCUUGCGAAUCACCGCAUUACCAUCAUCAUCAUCGUAUCUUUCUGUCGACCGAGAUUAUUCCAUGGCUGAGUCAGGGAUGUAUAGAAACCUUGGCAAGAAGAUAGGCAUAAUGAACGACAAAACAUUGCUGUACUUGUUGUCAAAUGCCUGGAUUCUCCUGUCCGUGUCGGCGAGCAGAGUCCACUUGUCAUAUCCACAGAGCAAGAUCGGCACUACCAGGGAUUUGUACAGCUUAUACCUGGAAAGCAGCAGAACUGAAGAGUUUGCUGAAUGUUCGAGGAGGAACUAUGUCCGUGGCAGCUUUGCGUCUGACUGAUACUGCAGUCAUUUUGCUAUGUUUGGACAUGGCAGCUACUUAUUUGUCACAGCCAUUUGACAAGGUUCAGUCAAUAAAAUUAUCAGGACUGAAAAAGAGUGCUUAUCUAACAUCACUGAAAACUUUGGAGAGCAUUCUGGACCUUUGUCCUAAAACCAGUAUGAGAGACAUGGCUGUGCAGUUUGGCUGCCUGGAGGCCCUUGAUUUGGCAUCAAAGGUAUUAGACAGGUACCAGCAAGUGCAGUGUUGCGAUGUUGAAACAAACACAACCUUGUUUCGUGCGGCUUCUCUCAUUAGUGCAUGCAGAUACCUGAAGGUGCGUAUUGACCAAGUGCGCUUGAAAGAGAUUUCUGGUGUGAAGCGAAGUACCAUGGACAAACUUCUGACUCAGAUGGGAAAAAUAGUUUUGACCAUGCAAGAGGAAACAAACCAGAGAUCACCAACACUAAAGCGAAGUUUGCUUGAAGUUGUGGAAGAUGCUGUGAAUGACGCCAUAGACAUGCCUUCACCCAAGUGUCGAAAGACAGAAAAGGACCUGAACUAUUAUAAACAGGUGGAUUUUGACCAGUGGAAGGCAAAUCUGCUGAAUAAAGCAGGCUCUUCUAAUAUUUGUUUAACAUAGCACAGAUACAGGAAUUGAAGUCUCAAAUGGGAACUGAAUGACAGGUGUGAAUGAGAUCAGUUAUGAAAAGCAAACAUGCACCAGUUGAUUGUGAACUAUGCUUAUAAAUGACUUGUGGCAUGGACGUUGCAUUGUUUGAAUGUUUACUAUGUUUACAAUGCCACUUCUAAAUGAAAUGCAUUUUGGCUGCAUGUUAUUUUGCACUCAGAGUACUUCAUAUCAACUUUCAUUCUCAUGACUGACCAACUUGAACUGAGCAUGUUACCAAAAUCUAUUGCAAGUGAGUGCUUUUAGUAAAUGGUAAAUCAUUGCUUUCCCCACACCCAUUCUGAGUUCAGUUCAGACAUGAGAUGUUAGCAAUGACAAGCGAUUGAGGAACAUGAUGUUAGUAAUGACGAAGUUAUUCAGACAGAUGAGGAAUGCGCGUUAGCAAUGACAAGCGAUUGAGGAACAUGAUGUUAGUAAUGACGAAGUUAUUCAGACAGAUGAGAAAUGCGCGUUAGCAAUGACAAGCGAUUGAGGAACAUGAUGUUAGUAAUGACGAAGUUAUUCAGACAGAUGAGAAAUGCACGUUAGCAAAGACAAGCGAUUCAGACAGAUCUUUGUCAGAGAAAUGAAAGAGUAGGCACUCUGGGCAGUGAUUUAUGCCAAACACUUCUUGAGAUAGAAACCAAUCCCCAUUGAAAUUGAUAAUGAAGACAUUAGUGAACAGUUUUCAGCAGCUGUGAAAGUACAUGAGAUAACUUUCAGAUUUUUCAUUGUCUUUCUGUGCUGUUGGGUAGAUCAAUUAACUAAAAAUAAUCAUAUUCAUUUUUCACUUUUAUUUUUUUUUUCUGUUUUAUCUUGACACAAUAAACAUUGAAUCUUA